AUGAUCAGAGCAGAGAGCAGGCGGACGGCCAGAGAGACCAUCUACCUGGACAUGGAUCACCUGUUGGUGCUGCUGCUGCUGUGGAGCUCAGGACUCCAGGCUGAAGGAAAUCACACCUCAACAGAGCCUGAUGAUGUCAGGUUGGUAGGAGGAGCCAGUCGCUGUGCAGGAACACUGGAGCUGAAACAUCAGGGAGACUGGAGACCAGUGAGUUACUCUGACCGGAACCUGGAGACAGCAGCUGGUGUCUGUAGAGAGCUGGACUGUGGCUCUGCUGUUUCUGUAGGACAGAGAAAGGAGUCCUCAGACAGACCUGUGUGGAGGAUCAGGUCUGACUGUGUUCAGUCUGGUUCUGCUCUGAGGGAGU